AUGGUAGUGGUAACCAUCAAAGCAACCCACGUCGUCCGGCCGGCGGAGCCCACGCCGGACGAGGUGAUGUACCUCAACGCCUGCGACCAGAUCAAGGACAUCCUCCACACCCCCACCAUCUACUUCUACCGCCCGUCCGCCGACCUCCACUCCGCCGUCCACCGCCUCAUCAACUCCCUCAGCCGCGCCCUCGUCCCAUUCUACCCCCUCGCCGGCCGCCUCUCCUGGUCCCCCGCCGGCGGCAGCCGCGUCGAGCUCCGCUGCAACGCCGCCGGCGUCCACAUUCUCGAGGCCGACUCCCCCUCCUCCGUCGACGACUUCGGCGACUUCACACCCUCGCCGGCGCUCGCCCCCCUCAUCCCCUCCGUCGACUACACCACCCCGAUCGACGAGAUCCCCCUCGUCGUCGCCCAGCUCACCCUCUUCCGGUGCGGCGGCGCCGCCCUCGGCCUCGGCAUCUCCCACGUCAUGGCCGACGGCCCCAGCGCCCUCCACUUCGUCGACGAGUGGGCCAAGAUCUCCCGUGCCGCCGCCGAGGCGGCGGCCCCGCCGUUCCUCGACCGCCGCGUACUCGAAACCCCCGCCCUCCAGCCGUCCUCCGCCGCCUUCGACGCCACCGCACUCCGCCCCCCGCCGACGCUCCUCGGCGAGGCAGACCACCUCGCCCAAAAAUCCAAGCCGGUCGCCGCCUCCCUCCUCCGCCUCACCCGCCUCCAGAUCGAAAGCCUCCGGGGCCGGGCAUCCGCCGAUGCCGCCGUCGGCGCCGUCGGCCGCGGCUUCAGCCGAUUCGAGGCGGUUGCCGCCCACAUCUGGCGGUGCACGAGCAAGGCUCGAGGCCACGCCGCGGAACAACCGACGAGCCUCCACUUCGUGGCGGACUUCCGCAGCAAAUUGAAUCCCCCGCUACCUAAAAACUACUUCGGCAACGCCUUGAUCCGCGUAGAAGCCACCGAUAAAUCCGGUAGCCUGCUCUCCAGCCCAUUGGGGGCUGCCUGCCGGAAAAUCCGGGAGGCCGUCGGGAAGGUGACGGACGAGUCGGUCCGGAGCUACCUGGAUUUCUUGAAGGGCCUGCCGGACGUGGGCCGAUUCAGGACGCUGGACAAUAACGGCCGGCCCAAGGGAGAUUUCUACGGGAACCCUAACCUGGCGAUCAUAAGCUGGACCGGCCUGCCGCUCUAUGGGGCCGACUUCGGGUGGGGUAAGGAGAUACAUAUGGGCCCAGGACCAGUGGGCUUCGACGGGAAGACGUUCAUUAUACCCAGCCGUGAUGGGGAUGGGUCCUUCAACAUCGUGAUAUGGCUGCAGGAGGAGUACAUAGCCGCCUUCAAGAAAUGCUUCUAUGAUGAUAUUUUAUUAAAUUAA